CCGGUUUCCCGCCCCCUCCCGCCAGGAUGACGGUGGCGUCGGCCGACAACGCGGACGAGAGCGCCACCUUGCCCGGUCACCCGCAGGAGGACGAGUGCGACGGGCUCGAGUGCUGCGAACGCGUGGUCAUCAACGUGUCGGGGCUUCGCUUCGAGACGCGGCUCAAGACCUUGGCGCACUUCCCGGACACGCUGCUGGGGAACCCCAAGAAGAGGAUGCGCUACUUCGACCCGCUGCGCAACGAGUACUUCUUCGACCGCAACCGGCCCAGCUUCGACGCCAUCCUCUACUACUACCAGUCGGGCGGCCGGCUGAGGCGGCCCGUCAACGUUCCGCUGGACAUGUUCUCCGAGGAGAUCAAAUUUUACCAGCUGGGCGCCGAGGCCAUGGAGAAGUUUCGCGAGGACGAGGGCUUCAUCCGCGAGGAGGAGCGGCCCUUGCCGGACAAGGAGUUCCAGCGGCAGAUCUGGCUGCUCUUCGAGCACCCGGAGAGCUCGGGCCCGGCGCGGGGCAUCGCCAUCGUGUCCGUCAUGGUCAUUCUCAUCUCCAUCGUCAUCUUCUGCCUGGAGACGCUGCCCGAGCUGAAGGAGGACGCGGGCGAGCGGCGGCGGAUGGCCGUGGCGGCGGCGGCGGCGGCCCACAAUGGCACGGCCGCCCGCCGCGGCGGCGACAUCCUCGCCGACCCUUUCUUCAUGGUGGAGACCCUGUGCAUCAUCUGGUUCUCCUUCGAGCUGCUGGUGCGCUUCUUCGCCUGCCCCAGCAAGACGGCCUUCUUCCGCAACAUGAUGAACUCCAUCGACGUGGUGGCCAUCAUCCCCUACUUCAUCACGCUGGGCACCGAGCUGGCCGACGGCUCGGACGACAAGGGCGGCGGAGGCGGCGGCGGCGAACAGGCCACGUCGCUGGCCAUCCUGCGCGUCAUCCGGCUGGUGCGCGUCUUCCGCAUCUUCAAGCUGUCGCGCCACUCCAAGGGGCUGCAGAUCCUGGGCCAGACGCUCAAGGCCAGCAUGCGGGAGCUGGGCCUACUCAUCUUCUUCCUCUUCAUCGGCGUCAUCCUCUUCUCCAGCGCCGUCUACUUCGCCGAGGCCGAGGAGAAGGAGUCCUACUUCACCAGCAUCCCCGACGCCUUCUGGUGGGCGGUGGUCUCCAUGACCACGGUGGGCUACGGCGACAUGUACCCGGUCACCAUCGGCGGCAAGAUCGUGGGCUCGCUGUGCGCCAUCGCCGGCGUGCUGACCAUCGCGCUGCCCGUGCCCGUCAUCGUCUCCAACUUCAACUACUUCUACCACCGCGAGACGGACGGCGAGGAGCAAGCGCAGCUGCUCCAGUUCAGCCAGCGCAACUUGGCGGCCGAGCGGGACGACGCCUCCUCGCUGCUCAGCAAGUCCUCCGAGUACGCCGACGCCCCCGACAACAGCAUCGACAACUUGCGCGAGGCCACCCUGCGGACCGCCAACUGCGUCGACGCCGCCGCCAAGAUGCUGACCGACGUGUGAGACUCCCGCCCCGCCGCGGAGCCGCUUCCCCAAAAAGGCGCUCGGCGCCGGGCAAACUUUUGUCCGUCUCAAAAAGAAAAUAAGUCAGACGAGACUGGCAUCACCGACUGUUGAGCAAAAAAGUCGAUACAAAAUUGUCAACGGAGAGUUUUGUAUUUUAUUUUUCAUCGGUCCAUUGAGAGGAAUUAAACAAAUAAAAAAAAACAAGCCAACGCAUCCCGAAAAAAUAGAUCAGCAUUUAUUUUUAGGUCGUGUCAACGUGAUUGAUUUGCCGAUUUGGUCAAAUGGAAAAUUGCGCAAUAUUUGUGUUUGACUUGUUUCUCUUCCAUAAAUCAUGAACCGAUUCUUUGAGGGCGGGAAUGAGAAAAGAAAUGAACGCAUCCACAAAAUCAUGACAGUGGGGCGAUUCAUGAGCGAACCGUUUCAAACGUGGAUGUCAAAGGUGCAUCCCAAAAUCUUGUCUUUCUAUUUUUGACAUUGACAUGAAGGCCGUCAGCCGCGUGUGUAUUUGAUAUGAAUGAAAACACGUUCAUCAAAUGGAAUGAAGAAUACAAGUGAAAAAUGU